CCGUCAUGCCCGCCGCCGCCUCUCCGCUCCCGCCGCCGGCGCUCCAACUUGGCGGGUGAGCCCUCCCUCGGCACGCAGCCUCUUGACAUUGGCUGUGCUUUUGUGCACCCUCGCCUUGCUGCAAUAACAGCCUGCUCCCUGCCACCCCUCUGCUCCUGCAGGAUCUCCCCCAGCACCGCCGGCAGCAUGGAGAGCGUGCGUGAGCUCCAGAACCCGCUCCUGGCCAAGCCCAAUGGCCACCUGGGCAGCAGCUAUUCCUACCACCAGCACCACAGCCAGGACUACCCCAGCCAUCGCUGCCAGGGGAAACUCUAUUCCUACAUAUUCCAAAACACUGGUGGUGCCAGGACUCACCAGCUGCUGGAUGCCAGUUCCCUGCAGCUGGCUGUUGAGGCUUUGUACGGCCCCAGCUUCAUCCUCGUGAAGGAUGAGACUGCCCUCAAGGCCAAGGACAGCAAGAUGGAGAGCUGCGAGACCACUUUUACAGAGAGCAAAGAGUCUUCAUCUGAAGCUCCUGAAGGGCAAGAGGCACAAGGGUCCUGCCUGGUAGAGAGUGACAUCCGUAUCCAAACUGUUUCCUAUGAGGUCGAGGAAGAGGAGCUCCAGGAGUAUGAGAGCGACUCCUCCAGCGACAGCGAAAGCGAGGAUCACUUCCUGAUGCUGCCCCCUCGGGAUCACUUGGGCUUGGCCCUUUUCUCCAUGCUCUGUUGCUUCUGGCCCCUGGGGAUUGCUGCCUUCUACUUCUCCCAAGGGACCAGCAAGGCUGUCUCCAAAGGAGAUUUUCACCUGGCCAGCUCAGCUUCCCGCCGAGCCCUGUUCCUUGCGGCGCUCUCCAUCACCAUUGGCACGGGAGUGUACAUCGGCGUGGUGGUAGCACUGAUUGCUUAUCUCUCCAAAGGGGGCCACGUGUAGCUGCCACCUGCAUGUCACUGCCAUCCCUGGCCGCUGACCCUGCUGGGAUUGAGCUUUCCUGCGGAGCACAGAGCACCGGGGCCUGCGAGGGCUGCUUGCACAGCAGGGCCCAGCAUGGAUGUCCUGCACAGGUUUCUUCCUCUUGCAGACAAACAGUGGACUCCUGUUCUCCCUGAGGCUGUGGCAUGUGACCAUCUAACAACAGGGAAUUGAGCACCAGCCUGGCUGCUGGGACAAGGUGGAGCAUAUUUGCCCGGUGGAAGAUGUGCAGGAGAGAAACCACACGCUGCUGCUGGGCUGGUGCAACCACCCCAGUCGGGGGCUACAGCUUCCCCUCUCAGCCCUGCAGCUGGGAGAUCCAUCCCUUGCCCAGGCUUGGCCCAUGAAGGGUACACACAGGGAGAAGAGGGGGUAUGGUGCCAGGGAAUGACUGCUGCUUCUCCUGGGAGGCCAGAGUCCUGGUGGGGUCUCCAGACUCCUGUGAUGGGGACAACAUUCCCACUUCAGUGCCAUGGGGUGGCCUGACCCCUCAGCUGCAGUGAAGUAGGAGGACAGAGCAUGGACAAGACCAACAGACAUGCUCUCUGCAUGCCUCUGCAGACAGACAGACCCCUGAUCCACAGGAGAACAUCCCAAGGAGGAAGGCAGGCUGGUGGCUGCACACCAUCUCUCCUGUUGUUGGCACAAGCUGGUAGAGACAGCAAGGUUUUCUCUGUGUUAAUAGUGACUGCCAUGGUGAUCCCAAGUCAGAGCCCUCAUAAGGUUGCUGUUCCAGAGUGUUGGGCCCUCAAAAGUUUUGUAAUGGAAAUCUCUACCUAAGAAGUGUCCUGGGAGGCGUGCUGGCCUUGAAGAAUUCCACUCCUUGUGCUAGGUCAGGGCCCUGCACACAAAGAGGGAUGGGAAGAAAAGGCUGACAAAACCUGCAGAAUCUGGGUGGGAGUGCUGUUUGUGAGGGGAUGAGAUCCAGAGAAGGAGGAGAUGUGGAAGGAGCCUGAGACACAGGGUGACCUCAACACACUCCUUCCCAUGCCUUGGAGAGAGGUAUCUCCAUCCAUCCAAAAGCCUCUGGUAACAAGGAAAUACCAAGCACCCCCUGCCAUACAUCUUACUUUUGCUUAUUUGUAUAUUGUCAGCAACACCCAAAAUGCUUCAGAAGUGGGUAUGAAGGCAGUGGUUGCCCCAAAGGGCUGGAGUUAAAAGCCAUGCCUCACUCCCCAUCUCCAGCAUCCACCUUUGACCACCCUCCUCUCUCUGGCUCUCCUGCUGCCUCUUUCCCCAUGUGCAGGAGACUGCAGGCAGGCUCUGGGCAUCCCUCACCCCCUUCCCAGAGUUUCUGGGCAGGCUGCAGCCAGCUUUGCAAGAGAUGCAGCAUGUUCCUCCAGCUGGGUGCCAUUCAAAUGUACAUUUCAUCCUAAAGAAGCAUGUUAAUGUCUGCGAUUGCCAUUGUACUUGAGCCAUAAAAGAGAAAAGUGCAUCAGAGACCUGUACAGAAGCUGGUCUGAAAGUUCCCAUUAUGUUUUUUAACAUGGAAGAACUAAUAAAAAAAGCAGGAGAAAAGA